AUGUCGGCCUUCAACAAGAAUGCCUUCUUCGAGGGCGACGAUGACGCUGCGCUGGACAUGCUCGACGCAUUGCUCCCGCCUCCUGCUGGAGCAGCGGCUGGCGAGAAUGCCGAGGCUGAGGCGGGUGCUACCGCUCCGCCCGCAGCUGGUGACGACGUCGUUGCUGCAGACAGCCAGACACAGCCGGAGCCAGAGCCAGAGUCGGAGCACGCCGCCAACGGUGGCCAAGGUACCAGCGAGCUCUCGAUGGGCCCGUCUGUGGCCAGCACCGAGGACGACCUGGAGGCCAUGAUGCGCGGCGCACUGGCAGGGCUUUCUGACGACGACGACGACGGCGGCAAGGCGGCAGGCGCGGCUCGCGCUGGCCGCAAGCCGGCGCCCGCACCGCUGGACAUUGCGGCGGCUAGCCCUGCGUCUCCGCCGGCACAGACGAUUGGAGGUCAUCUGGUGCUGGAGGCCAAGGCGCCGAGUGGGUACGUGCCGUCGCCUGUUCCGCAGCCGUCGGGACUCCUCGAGCCAUCGGUCAAGUUUGCACCGCCGCCGCCGCUCGACGACGACGACGACCUGAUGCUGAGCUCGCCGGUGACACCGGCCUCGUCAGCCACUCCGGUGUUGGGCGGGAACAAGACCGGUUCGGCCAUGUUUGCGCCGCCGCCGCCGCUCGACGAAGACGACGACGAUGCGUCGACGCUCCUCACCUCUGCGCUCCGCAAAAAGGUGGAGCAGCGGCCGCGGGCGCUCUCGAUGGGCCCGCCGCAGGUCUCAGGCUCGGAGCACGCGUACCCGGUGGUGCAGCAGGCGCGGGCGCCGCCGACGGCCGGUGAGUCUGGGCCUGUCUCGUCCGACGAGGACCUCGACGCUGAGCUCGCGGCAAUGGAGGCCGAGGCCAUGCGGGCGGCCGGACUGGAGCCGUCGGACGGGUCGGUGGCAGAUGCUGCGCGGCCGGACGACGACGAGGACGUCGACGACGACGACGAGCUCGACGUGACCGACAGCGCGGUCGAGGAGCGAAGCAAGGACGACCGGAUUCGCGAGCUGGAGGCGCAGAUCCGCGAGCUCUCGGGCGCGUCACCAGUCGACACGCUGCAAGUCGGAGCGCCAACGGCGGCGGCGUCGCUCGAGGGCGAGCUCGACAUGCUGCGGUCGGCCAAAGUCGAGUCGGAAGAAGCGCUCUUUGACCAGAUCUCCGAGCUCCAACAGCGCAACUCGCAGCUCGACGCCGACAAUAUUUCGCUCCGCGACGAGGUCCACGAGCUCAAGCGCGCCCUCCGCGAAGUCACUGAGGAGCGCAACGCCAUUGACGAAAAGCUCUCAGUGUACAAAGACAUCGAGGAGUCACACAAGCUCGAGCUGGACAAGCACCGCAAGCGCGAGUCGGGCGCCGCCAUGGCGCUGCAGCGGCGACUCUCCGAGACCCGCGCCUCGUCGCAGCGCUACGAGCAGAAGCUCAAAAAGUACAAGCGCAUCAUCGUGCAGAUCCAGCAGGACUACGCCGCGCUCGACGCCUACACCUCGUUUGUGGCCGACAAGGCCCGCGUCUUUAUUCGCCGCCUUGGCGUCCUCUACGCCCGCUCCAAGGACGCCGUCUCGCUCGCAAAGUCGGUCUACUUUAAGCUCGACUACGUCUCGUUCUCGGAACGCCUGCCCAACGUGCUCGGGGUUAUCGAGCAACGCAUCAAGAACAAGGCGUGGAAGGAACGCUUCCUUGUCAUCAAGGACAACUUUUGGCUGGCGUACAAGGCCAAGUCCGGCAACCCGACCGUGUGCAUCCGCCUCGACACCGCCUCGGUCGAGAUCGUCGAUGAGCCGGGCUUCCGCAACUGCUUCACCAUCCGAGGCUCGGACAAGAAGGAGACCAUGUGGCGCGCUCAGUCCAAGCAGGAGCUCGACCAGUGGCUUCACGUUCUCUCCAACGCCGCAAAGUUCAUGGCUAUGAACCUCGAGGGUAAGCCACCGGUCUCGCAGGCCUUUGCCGCUGCCGCUGCCGCGCUUGGCUCGGAGCUCCCGGCCGCCGCCAAGUCCGGUACCGCCGCCUCGCCCGCAGACUCGAUGGGUCUCGACGGUCUCGGCACCGCCGCCUCGGUCCAGCCCACCGUCGCCUCCAAGCCCGGUGGCGGCCGCGUCGGCGCCGCCGAGACAAACGUCGCCAACCUCAUGACCAUCUCGGGCGGCCAGGCCAUCCCGGUCUCCAACUACCCGUAUCUCCUUGCACUUGAUCGCGACGAUGGAGCGUCCAAGAUUGUUGCUGCCUUGUAG